GCUAUCAGAUCUGUUAACUCCAUUCUCUUCUGCUACCGGUUUUUAAUUGUUAUUGGGGUAAUUGUUGGUGUGUUCAGGGAGUUGUGGGUAAAGUGUUGUGCUGUGGUUUUUUUUGAGAUGUCGCGAGAGGAUCAGAGUGGCUCGAAGGAGAAAAUCGAGGGGCGAAAAUCAGCGGCUUUUAGUAUCGAGAGAUUAUUGGCUCCCAAUCAUGACCCGCCGGUCGAUCAGUCAUCGAUUUUCCAAGGGAAAUUCAAAUCUUCGGCGGAUGAAUUUUACCAUCAUGAAAGGACAUUAACAGUAAUUGCAGACUCUUCAAUGUCCUCGACAGACGAAAUGGAGAGCCUUGAGGAGGGAAAUACCGUGGGUUCCACAACCCCCGAACCGGAAAUCAGCUACGAAGCCUGCACCAGCAGCAGCAGUGGAAAUUACCCUGGUGAAAUGGAUAGCAGUGACAAAGACAUCCAGGGAUGUUCCAGCGUGACCAGCGACGACGACAGAAAGAAACGACCGCGUACAGCUUUUACAGCGGCACAAAUAAAAUCCCUUGAGUCGGAAUUCGAGAGAAAUAAAUAUCUCAGCGUUGCAAAGCGAUUGCAGCUCAGCAAAAGCCUCAAGCUCACAGAAACACAGAUAAAAAUCUGGUUUCAGAACAGGAGAACGAAAUGGAAGCGGAAGUACACGAAUGAUGUGGAAUUAUUAGCGCAACAGUACUAUUCCAGCCUCGGAAUUCCAGCUCCUAGACCGAUUUUCGUUGGUGAUCGUCUGUGGUUCUUCAAUUAUCCUGGCCAACCCCAACCAGCUGCACCUCCUCUUCUACCUCCACACAUGGGACAUCUGUCCCUGCCCCCUGGACUACCAAUUGUCCAGCCACUGACCAGCAACUUAUCACCAGGAACUCAACACUCUGUUUUUCCCAAUAUUUCACCAUCCCACUCUCUUCAUCCUCUCACCCAGAGAAUUCACUUCAGAAGACAAGAUACGUGAGAAAUGGUAAAAAUAAAGAGAGAA